CAAAUAGUGCUUUGGUAAGUCGGACGUACUGUGCUCGGUGCGCGCUAAUAUUAAUAAGAGAAACGCAGUGUUGUUCACUCGGGUUGUGCACGAUUAUUAUACGAGAGAGGCAAUAGCAAAAGCCCCGAUCUCUCUGCUCGCAAAGUCGGAAAAAAGUUUUACCAAUCAAGUUUUUUAUUUCGCAAUAAUGUAUUACAUAUAACAAAACUUCAACCUAGUUAAAAGUUAAUGCUGUUGUUGUUGUGAACUUUUAUGUGAGAGUGUGUGUGCGUGUGAAGAGCAUACAUAUGUACGUACAUAUUACUACAUACAUAUAGUUGUAUGUGUGUUGUUUGUUUGCCUCGAAUCGAAAACAGCAAAAAAAGAAAAAAGCUAAUGGAACUGUGAACUGUACGUGCGUUGCGUUGAAUACAAGAUCGCAACUCAAAAAAAGAGAAAUUUAAUCUGCUCUCUACGCCAAAAAUAAUUAACAUUUGCAUUUGCAAUUGGAAAACUUAAAACUUGUAAUAAAUAUGAAAAGCAAGAAUCAAGAUCAAUUGAACUGUUGAAAGUGUGUUGCUGCUGCUCUGUUCUGCGUUGCUGAUUGAUGUUGAUGAAACUGAAAGUUAUAAUUGCAUACACCCAUACUUUGUAUACGUGUGUGAGUACAUGUGAAUAAAAACAAUGCUGGUAUUGGUGCGUAGUCACAGUUAAAAGGAAUAGAACGUGUUUAUCCGCACUAAUACUCGGACAUAUCUACAAAUAUACGUGCCUAUGUGUGUGUACACAAACUUUAACCAGAGACUGUGAAAGUGGAAAGCUCCGCUCAGACGUUCGCAUACUCUCGCAUGUAUGCGUGUGAGUGUGUCGUGUCUGAAUACUACUACUGCUGUAUUUGCUUGUGAAUGUACAUACGUAUGUAUGAACACUUAUUUCGAAAGUCCAACAGAAGUUUUAUCACCUAUUUGUGAAAGGGAGUAAUUGCUACAAGAUUUAAUGAAAGAGUUUCAAAGAAUGUUGAUGUUGCAAUACAGCAAACAUGGCGAGUGUAUACUCAAAGAAAUCGGCGCCGCAUUCAGAGGCGAGCAUCCUGCGGACUUGACAAUUGUCUGUGAGAACAAGGUGAAGUUGCAUGCCCACAAACUGGUGCUCGCCGCCGCCAGUCCGCUUAUCAGGAAUCUGCUGGAGGACACACACCUUAGCGAUUGUACAACAACGGUUUACUUUCCUGACGUUAACGCAACAUACUUUAAAUUUCUACUGGACUUCCUAUACUCUGGCCAGACUUGCAUCACAUCACGGGAUGUGAACUAUCUGCACGAUUUGUUGCUGCUGCUGCAGAUUAAAUCGGACAGCUGGAAGACGACAGAUUCCGCAUACUUGAGUAGUAAAUGUGCUAGCUUAAGGGAUAGGCCCAGGAAACAGUACUCAUCAUCGCAAAAUUUGGAUCAGUCGCUGAAGUAUGAGGUGGAGAGUGUGGAUGAGAGUCGGCAUAUGGCGGAUUUCUCGACAUUUUCCAACGAACACUGUGAAAGUGCGAAUGAAUGCGGAGGGAACAACAACAAGGAAGACGACGAGGAUGCUGAUGCAGAUGUAGACGCCGAUGUGGAUGUGACCGCCGCCGCCGCCAACAGCAGCACCAGCAGCAAGGACAACAAAAGCGAGAAAGACACCGACGAAAUUGUAAAUCUAUCCAACAUUCCAGCUGGACUUAGCAGCAACAACAACAACAACACCAACAAUAAUAACAAUUCCACCAUCAAUCCGGUUAAUUUAUCACUCGACCUCCGCAUCAAAGGCGACAAGAGUUUCCUGCAAAAGCACAGCCACAUAAACAACAACAGCAGCAGUAGAGAAAACAGCGACAUGAUCAGCGCCGGCAAUGAGAGCACGAAACGGAAGGGUCUUUUUUUCGAUUCGCACAAGGAUAUGUUGAAGCCGUUGUCUGAUGGCUCCGAUAUUAAUAGUUCGCCUGAGAAUUAUGUGGUGACGCCGCAUCGAAAGCGACGUCCCGGAUUUCCCAACUCUCAAAGUGACAACCAACCAUUUACGACCUAUCAGCACAAUCUUCUGGAGGAACUUCGACUCGUUAAGUCUACAUCGUCGCCCAUUUCGGGCUUGGCUGCGGAAAAGAAUAUGCUUGCACACCUGGAGGAUGGUGCACUCAACCCAGAUUCUAUGACACCUGAAAGAAAACUCCUGGACACACAACGCAAUCGAGGGCAGAGCCCUGAAUUACAAAUGCAUCUUGGCCAGCAAUUUGUCUAUCCAUGGCCAUCGAAUCAGAGCGCCGCUGCUAUCUCGACGAUGCCCAAUUUGCAAUCGCGAUUAUCGAGUCUGUCACACAUCAAUUUAAACCUGGAUCCGGAUCGAGAUGGUCGCAAUAGCGGCACAUCUGUCGCCAAUCUGGCUAGCAAUAAUUCGCACUCGUCAUCGGUUCGGGAAUAUCGCUGCGAGUACUGUGGCAAACAGUUUGGCAUGUCCUGGAACUUGAAGACCCAUCUGCGUGUCCACACCGGCGAAAAGCCAUUUGCCUGUCGCCUUUGCGUGGCGAUGUUCAAGCAAAAGGCUCAUCUGCUAAAGCAUUUGUGUUCGGUGCAUCGGAAUGUUAUCACCACAACAAAUGGCACUGACACUGAGAAUCGAUAUAGCUGCUGCUUCUGUUCCAUGUGCUUUGAGUCGGUGCAGGAGCUGGUCCGUCAUCUGUCGGGGCACCACAAUAACCUUCUGCUCACUAAGAAUCUUCGGGAAUAAAUCUGAAAGAUCUGAUUUGAUAUUGGCCCAUUUUUGUUGCCUAUCAAAUAAGUAAUUGCAAAGAGACCUGAAUUUUAAAUAUACAAUCUAUAUUAUACUAAACUUACGGUAACAGUAACAGUAACAAUAACAGUAAACGUUAACAAUAACUGUAACAAUAACAUUUGCAAAUACUUAGCUAUUGUAGAAAUAUGUAGUAUGUACACUUAAUGCGUAAUAAUACCAACUACAUUCAAUCAAUUCGAUAUUCAACUCGAGAUUCGAGAUCACAUUUCAUCGGCAAAUUUUGGCUGGUUCUUCUCUCAUUCAAAUCGUAUAUGAUGAGUAUGUAUGCAAUUGGCAUCUGACAACCCGAGAGACCCAACGUUAUGGCUGGUCCUCCUCCUCCGCCUUAACCCCCCUCCCCUUUCACGACUUUUUAAAGCCAACGGCUGGUCCAUUUAUUGUGGAACAACACUCUUAUCAUAUAAGCAUAUAUUUUUUAUUUCAAAAGGUAUUGUAAGUUGUAUUGUAUUUUCUAUCUGUUUCUUUAUACAUACAUAUAUAUAUUAUACAUUUAAUUCACAGUUCAAUUGUAUACAUUUUAAUUUACGCCCGCAUACAUACACACAUACUAUAUAUACAUACAUCAUAUGUAUUUACUUUCAAAUUUUUUAAUGUCGUCAAUAUGAAAGUGUUUUAAUUGUACAGAUAAAU